AUGAGCAGUCACUGUGCGCAACGCCGUACCGGAUGCGUGUCACGCUUUUCAGCGAUGCCUUUUUCCAGAAAAUCCGCCGGUCCACCGGCAACCCGUGGUUGGAAAGUUCAAAGACGCUGUCGUGAUCGACGAGGUAGGGUUUUGCAUCAUCUUCAGGAAGUUGGAGUGAAAAUCUACUUCAGGAAGCAAGGGAUUUAGGAAGGGGACGGGCUAGAUGGGCAGUUCGUGGCGACAGCUGAGAGCCAUGCUCCACAAGAACUGGUUACUCAAGAUUCGGCAUCCUUUAACUACUCUUGCUGAGAUUCUGCUGCCGACGAUCAUCAUGCUGUCGCUGAUCGCCGUGAGGUCGACAGUGGAUACUCAAAUACAUCCAGUGCAAGCCUAUAUUCGCAAGGGAAUGUUUGUUGACGUUGGAAAAAGCGAGGUCUCUCCGAGCUUUGAAAGCUUAUUGCAACUGCUUAUGGCUAGAAAUGAGUACCUUGCCUUUGCACCGGAUACCAAUCAGAUGAGGAAAAUGCUGGAUGUGCUGUCAUUGAGGUAUCCGCUUCUUCAGAUGGUGGCGAAAGUAUUUAAAGAUGAGUCAGGCUUAGAAACUUAUAUACGCUCUGAUCUAUAUGGGUGUCAGGAUCAUUCCAGGAAUUUAUCAAAUCCAAAAAUCAGAGGAGCAAUAGUAUUUCAUGAGCAUGGCCCUCAAAUUUUUGAUUAUAGUAUAAGGCUGAACCAUACAUGGGCAUUUUCAGGAUUCCCAGAUGUUAAAACCAUAAUGGAUGUGAACGGGCCAUAUCUUAAUGACCUUGAAUUGGGCGUUAAUAUCGUACCAACUCUACAGUAUGGCUCAAGUGGCUUUUUGACGUUGCAGCAGGUGAUGGACAUAUUAAUCAUAUGUGUUGCAAAGGAAGAUGUAAAUUAUUCUUCCUUUAAUUAUCAAGUACAUGAAUCAUCCCAGUCGGUAGUAUAUCCAGGAAGAACAACUUGGAGUGAAUUUAUCCCAGCAAAUAUUAGAAUUGUUCCAUUUCCAACGCGAGAGUACACUGAUGAUGAGUUUGAAUCCCUUGUGAAGGCUGUAAUGGGAGUACUGUACCUUUUGGGCUUUCUUUUCCCAAUUUCACGAUUAAUUAGUUAUUUUGUUUUUGAAAAGGAACAAAAGAUAAAAGAGGGCCUCCAGAUGAUGGGUCUUCCAAACAAGAUAUUCUACCUAUCGUGGUUCAUUACAUAUACUUUGCAGUUUGCGAUUUCUUCUGCUAUCAUUACGGCAUCUACGAUGAACAAUCUUUUUAUGUAUAGUGAUAAGUCGCUGGUCUUCGUCUACUUCUUUUUAUUCAGUUUAAGUGCAAUCAUGCUUUCCUUCCUUAUCUCAACAUUUUUUUCGCGAUCAAAGACAGCUGUGGCAGUUGGGACUUUAUCUUUUCUUAGUGCCUUCUUUCCUUAUUAUUCGGUCAAUGAUCCUUCUAUUGCAAUGGUAUGGAAAAUAUUAGCUUCUUUGUUAUCACCAGCAGCAUUUGCACUGGGUACCGUUAAUUUUGCUGACUAUGAGCAUGCACAUGUGGGUGUUCGAUGGACCAAUAUGUGGCAGGCGUCAUCUGGAGUUAAUUUCUUGGUCUGCCUCUUAAUGAUGAUGCUUGAUGCAAUUAUAUACUGUUCCUUUGGGUUGUUGUUUGACAAGGUUCUUCCUCGAGAGAAUGGAGUAAGUUAUUCUUGGAAAUUUUUGUUUCCUAAGAUAUUAUGGUGGAAGAAGAUUCCCUUUGAUCAUUUUGAUGGUCCUGACCGACCAAGUUUUGAGAUGUUACCAGAAGAAUCUCACUUUUUUGGUGAAGGAUCUUUUGACCAUGCUUUUGAAGCAAUUAGCUUGGAUAUGAAACAACUAGAACUUGAUGACCGAUGUAUUAAGCUCCGAAAUCUUCAUAAGGUUUAUGAGUCCGAAAAGGGAAAAUGUUGUGCAGUCAACUUCCUCAACCUCACAUUAUAUGAAAGUCAGAUUCUUGCUCUUUUAGGCCAUAACGGAGCUGGAAAAAGCACAACCAUUUCUAUGCUGGUCGGUCUUAUCCCACCGACAUCUGGUGAUGCACUUGUUUAUGGAAAGAAUAUUACAACAGACAUGGAUGAUAUUCGAAAGGCCUUGGGAGUAUGUCCCCAACAUGAUAUAUUAUUUCCAGAGCUGACGGUUAAGGAACACUUGGUAAUGUUUGCUGCUAUAAAAGGUGUUGAUGACCAUUGCUUAGAGGUUCAAGUAACUGAAAUGAUCAAUGAAGUGGGUCUGUCAGAUAAGGUAAACUCAGUUGUAGGAUCUCUUUCUGGAGGAAUGAAAAGGAAAUUAUCGCUUGGAAUUGCUCUCAUCGGAAAUAGCAAGGUUAUCAUUCUUGAUGAACCUACCAGUGGUAUGGAUCCAUAUGCUAUGCGUUCAACGUGGCAAUUGAUAAAGAAGAUCAAGAAAGGAAGAAUAAUUCUGCUAACAACACAUUCCAUGGAUGAAGCUGAUGUUCUUGGUGAUCGAAUAGCUAUCAUGGCAAAUGGCGGCUUAAGAUGUUGUGGGAGUUCUCUAUUCUUGAAGAACCGUUAUGGGGUUGGAUAUACACUAACAAUAGCCAAGACUUCAUCUCGCUCUUCAGUUGGUGGUGAGAUCGUUCAUCAUCAUGUGCCGACAGCUGAAUGCAUAUCUGAUGUAGGUUCAGAAAUAUCUUUCAGACUACCUCUUGCUUCAUCAUCGUUAUUUGUAAAUAUGUUCCGGGAGAUUGAGAGCCGUAUAAGAAGGCGAAACAAUGAAGAUAAUUCUACCUUUGUGGAAAAUGAUUGUGGUGGCAUUGAGAGUUAUGGAAUCUCAGUUACAACAUUGGAGGAAGUGUUUUUGAAAGUUGCAGGGCAAAGGUUGGAUGAAGUGGAUUAUCAUCAGUAUCAAAAAAGUCUCAACAAGACAAGAACUACAGAUUGUCAGGUUUCCCAAAGUACACUUUUUGGAUUUUCAAGAUCUAAAAGAUACUGGGUGCAUUCUUGUGAGUUCUUCAGAAGCUUGUUCUGUGCUGCUGGACAAGUUUUUGGUUUGAUCAUUUCCACAAUCUUUGGUUUUGCUGUACGCUCUUUAAUUAAAAUCUGUUGCUGCGGUACAAUUGUAAGAUCAGCUUUGUGGGUGCACUUAAAAGCCCUCUUUAUAAAAAGGGCGAUUUCUGCUCGAAGGGAUAGGAGAACAGUUGCUUUUCAGCUGCUGAUUCCUGCUAUUUUCAUGUUUAUGGGUUUACUUUUCUUAAGGAUUAAACCUCAUCCUGAUCAGGAUUCUGUGUUACUGACCACUUCUCAUUUCAAUCCUUUAUUAAGUGGUGGAGGUGGUGGUGGUCCAAUUCCAUUUAAUCUCUGUCAUCCGGCUGCUGAAAAGGUGGCGUCACACGUGAUGGGCGGUUGGAUACAGAAAGAGGAACCUAGAAGUUUCAGAUUUCCUGAUCCAGAAAAAGCACUUGCUGAUGCUAUUGGUGCAGCUGGAACAGAACUUGGCCCACUUCUUCUUUCCAUGAGUGAAUAUCUGAUUACUAGUCUUAACGAAUCUUAUCAGUCACGAUAUGGUGCAGUUGUCAUGGAUGAUCAGUAUGCUGAUGGAAGUUUAGGGUUUACAAUACUUCACAACAGUACCUGUCAACAUGCAGCUCCAACCUAUAUAAAUUUGGUGAAUGCUGCCAUAAUGAGACUUGCGACUGGCAAUAGCAACCAGACAAUAAAAAUCCGCAAUCACCCCUUGCCUAUGACAAUGUCACAGCAUGCUCAAAGACAUGAUCUUGACGCUUUCUCAGCAUCAAUAAUUGUGAGCAUGGCAUUCUCUUUUAUUCCAGCAUCCUUUGCAGUUUUAAUUGUUAAGGAGCGUGAAGUCAAAGCCAAACAGCAGCAGCUGAUUAGUGGGGUGUCUGUAUUGGCAUAUUGGAUAUCAACAUAUGCGUGGGACUUCUUCAGCUUCUUAUUUCCUACUUCACUGGCAAUAUUUCUAUUUUUCAUUUUUGAUCUGAGUCAGUUCAUUGGAUAUGGCUGUUUGAUGCCAACAGUUAUCAUCUUUUUGGAAUAUGGUGCUGCGGUUGCUGCUUCAACUUAUUGCCUCACAUUUUUCUUUACUGAUCAUUCAAUUGCUCAGAAUGUAAUUUUGCUGGUUCACUUUCUUGGUGGACUCAUUCUGAUGGUUAUUUCCUUUAUUAUGGGCCUUGUUAAUGCAACUAAAGCCGCUAAUUCUUUCUUAAAGAAUUUCUUCAGGCUGUCGCCAGCAUUUUGCUUUGCAGAUGGGCUUGCAUCUCUUGCUCUGCGACACCAAGAUAUGAAACUGGGAUCAAAACAUCAAAUUCUUGACUGGAAUAUUACCGGUGCUUCUCUCUGUUAUUUAGCUGUUGAGAUUAUUGUGUACUUUCUUCUUACUAUUUCUCUUGAAUACAUACCUCACUACAAAAUUAAGUUCACAGCAAGUAGAGUUUGGUGGUAUGUUUUGCACUAUGUGAAGUAUGACACGUCUCAGAGCUGUUCUGAGCCUCUGUUGGGGUCCUUUGGUGAUUCCUUAAUCUUUAUAACCGAUGAGGAUGAAGAUGUUACAGCUGAAAGGCAGAGAGUUCUCAAUGGCGUUGGAGAAGAUGCUAUAAUUUGCUUGCGCAAUCUAAGAAAGGUCUACCCUGCUGGGAAAAAACAUGUUGCAAAAGUUGCAGUUCAUUCUUUGACAUUUGCAGUUCAUGAAGGAGAGUGUUUUGGAUUUUUAGGAACAAAUGGAGCUGGGAAAACUACAACUCUCUCAAUGUUAACUG